GAGAAAAUAUUUUGGCGGCAGAGAGGCAACCAAACACGGAACAAGACUACGAGACGCACAGCAGAAAUGAGCCUCCAGGUUUGCCACUGUGGCUGGUCCAAAGUGACGUCUGUUCACGGCCUGAGGACUCACCAGGGGAUAAAGGGAUGCACUCCAAAAGGUGUGAAGAUUGCACAGUCUGACCAGCAGUACUUGCAAGACUUUGUUGGAGCUCCAGCCAUUCACCUAGAUGUCAAGCUGAGGGUCCAAACUUCUAUCAAGACUGACACAACAGACUACUAUUCAGACUUGAGCCUCCAGGUUUGUCACUGUGGAUGGAGCAGAAUGACGACUUAUCAGGGCUUGAGAAUUCACCAGGGGAAGAUGGGAUGCACACUGAAGGGAAUGAGGAUCCCAAGGGAGGAGCAGUACAAAUGGAACAAACAGCAGGAAGCAGACGUGGAUUGCAGAAAACCAGCUGAGAGAGUCGUUGUCAAGAAGGAGAGUUUGUCGCCAAGAAGAAGACGCAGCAACAACUCUGCAGCCACAACAGUCCAAGAGGGUUACAUGCCACCUUCUGCAGCUGCACGACGCUCCCCCCAAAGAUCCUCAAAGUCAGACCAGCAACAGUUCUCCAGCCUCCAUCAGGUGAACAGACCAGUGAGGGAGCAUCUGACACCAACAUACCCGGAAAGGAACAAAAAAAUAAAGCGUCAGUUAUCACGGAAUGCAGACAGUAGAGCUGGGGAAUACUGUAGCAUUGACAGGAGUACUGGCUAUGCAGCUACAGUCAAGGAGGAGCCCAAAUCACCGUUUGCAGUUUCACAACCGCUUUUCCAAAGAGACACAAAGUCGGGCCAAAAGCUGCAGGAUUUCUCCACCGAUGUGCAGAUGAACAGGUAUGUCAAGGAACCUCCAACCCUGGAAGCAGUAGUCCGGCCUAAGCAGAAACACAGGGAGGGUCGAGCAUCUUCACGGGUGAACAGACAGUUGGUCAGGGAGCACCCAGCAUCAAUGUACCAGGAAAACGUAGUCCUACCUAAGGAGGAAAAACUACAGAAUCAACUCCUAUCACAGAAUACAGACAGAGCAGUGGAAGAAUACUGGAGCGUUAAAAGCUCUAGUCGCAAUGCAACAACAGCAGCUGCACUCAAGGAGGAGCCUAAAUUAUCUCCACGACCGUCUCUCCGAAGAGCCACAAAGUCAAGCCACCAGAUGCAGGAUUCCUUCACUGAUGUGAAGGUGAAUAAAAAGGUCAGGGAACUUCCAAAUGCUCCACCUCUGGUACCAGCAGUUCCACCUACAGAGAACAGCAGGAAGGAUCCAACACCAUCAGAGGUGAACCGAUCAGUCAGAGAAAAUUCAAGAACGCCACCUCCGGUCCUUUCUAAGAAGAAGGAUGCACUUCUAUUUAAAGUGAGGCAAGAGAAAAUUAAACCUGAAUUGCAGCAAAAACUUCAAAAGACAGAAGAAAAACUAACUGGCAUCAGAACAGCGGAGCCAGUCUGUGAGAGUGUCGACAGUGCAACCAACACCCAAACAGCUCCUGCAGCAGAAGUCUCAGCAACAGAGGACCCAGCAUCAUUGAAUGAAGCUGCACAGCCUGGUUUCUCCACUGGCAUGACGGUGAAGGAACUGGCCCGGAUGUUUUCAGCUACCACAGACCAGGAACCAAAGAAUGAAGGAGGGGAACAAAAACCAUCGCAGGUGAAGCUACUGGCUCGAGAGUUUUCAGCCUCCACAGAGAGAGAAGCAGUGGUUCAAUCAAAGGAGAAAGACAAGAAGAAACAAGGAGUAGAAGAGGGAAAGUUCCUGGCUCCAGAGUUUUUGGCCUCCACAGCCAGAGAAACAGCGGUUCAACCCCAGGAGAAUGACAAUGAGGAACAAAAACUGUCAGAGAAUGAGCCACCAAGCAUCAACUCUGCAACAGCAGCCAAAGUCCUAGAGGAGCCCAAACAAUCUGUUACAACACAAAGCUCUCUGAAGAAAGUCUCAGACACACAAGGAGACCUUCAGCUGCAGGUGAACACAGUCAGGAAACAUCCAACAACUCCACCUCCUGUCCUACCUAAGAACAACAUACUUUUAGUCAAAGUGAAGGAAGGCACAUUUAAAUCUGAACUUCAGCAAAAACAUCCAGAAGAAAAAACGGCUGACAUCAAACCAGCAGAGACAGUCCAUGAGAAAGUUGCAGAUACCGCAAAUACCAACACCCAAGUCUCAGCAAAGGAGGAUCCACCAUCAUUGAAUGAAGCUGCACAGCCUGAUUUCUCCACUGGCAUGAAGGUGAAGGAACUGGCUCAGAUGUUUUCAGCUACCACAAACCAGGAACCAAAGAAUGAUAAAGUGGAACAAAAUCCAUCACAGACAAAGCUACUGGCUCAAAGAUUUUCAGCCGUUACUGCCAACAAAACAGCCCUCCAACCAAAAGGGAAAGACAAGACACAGGCAAAGCUACUGGCUCCAAGGUUUUCAGCCUCCACAGUCAGAGAAACAGUGGGUCAACCAAAAAAUAAUGAUGGGGAGAAGCAUAAACUAUCACAGAAACAGCUGCCAAAUUCAACAAAUGUUGCAACCAGAAUGAAUCCUGAAGCAGCAGCAGAAGCCACAAUGGAGAAGGAUCCCAAAUCAUCUUGUGAAACUGCACAGCUCUCAGAUGUCUGCGCUAGUGUGAAGGUGAAGGAUCUGAUCCGGAUGUUUUCAGCUACUGCAACACAGGAAACAGAUGUUCAAACCAAGGGGAAAAAAAGAGAGCAAAACCUGCCCAAGUGGUAGAUCCAGUAAAUCUCAUCUAGGAGGUAGUAAAUGUAAUAUACUAUGCAGAGCUGUGAAGUGGGAGAAGCAGCUGAAGUCGUCUUUUCCAAACGUUCAGGUAAAAUGUUACAUGGGGUUCUGCAGUUAAGCCUAGUUUUAACUGUUUUGUCUUUGUUUUGGCAUGUUUAUCAAGAAUCAGAUCCCAAUCAUCAGUCAAAGAUAUUAAGUCUCAACACUUCACAGUUGUCCUACAAUUGCAAAAUUUAUUAAAAACGAAACCAGAAAUUAAAUCAUUGUUGAAAGUCAGUUUUCUUUACAUAUCACACUAGCAGAAUUUGAAGUUUGAUUGAGAAGAUUAACCAAACUUAAACAUAAAAUCAUGACAUUUCAUCAUAAUUGCUUCAUUGUCCAGGUCUGAGUUAAACAUUGGCCAAAAACAGUUUACUUUAAAAAGAUUCAGUUAAAAACAAGAAAUUCUGCAUUCCUCUGUGCAACUGGGAAUCCAUUAGUGACUGAGGAAACUAAUUAAGCCUGUAAGUAGAAAGAGAUCUGUAGUGUCACCAUUAGUGGGAUCACCUGUGAGUUCCAGGUUUUUGAAAUAACUAAUCAAGAAAUUCACCUUUUAUUUUUCUUUUUAAAAUGUAAUUUAUGCCAUUCCAGCUGUGUUUUAUUGCACUAAAAUAAUUUUCAACUACUAGCCCAGGUUGUUAUGUUUCCAUAAAGGUGUGGGACUUUAUAAUGUUGUAAAAAAAAAUGAACCUACAGCGACUGAAAAUGUGACAGGAGCACAAAAUUGCCCGAAGCUACUGCUUACAGAGGGGUAAGGCAGUAGGAAAAUGGGAGCUAAGGUUUGAGGUCAGUAGCUGGAAAACUAGAGUUCAAGGUUGAGCUGGUCAGGAAGGGAAGUUUUUUGUUUUAGCUGGGAAUAUAGGGUUCAUAUUUGGGCUCAGGAAACCAUGCUGGAACAAGCAACCAAAUGGUGAGACGAGCUGGAAAGCAGAGUAUUUGAAGCAGGACUGAUGAUCACGAUGUGGAGCAGCUGGUGAAGCUCAGCUCCAACACACAUGUCUGUAAUCCUGCAAUCGGACACACACACCAGCAGAGAGAGUGAAGUUCUUUAUCAGACCACCUCCACACCCUCUAAACACCUACUUCUACUAUGUUUACAAGUUCCCUUAGAGCAGGGGUGUCAAACGCCAUUCCUGGUGGGCCACUAUCCUGCAUGUUUUAGAUGUUUCCCUCU